AUGCCGUUUGCGGACAUCAUAACAUCCCUCGCGGUCUUACACCAAGACCAACAUCAAGCCCUGCUGGACCUCCACUCGGAUCAGGAGCGGCGUUUCCAGGCCAUCCUUCAGGUCCAGCAGGAAGACCGCGAGAGGUUCCGGAGCUGGAUCGACCGGGAGGUUCGUACGGAGACCACCGAACAGCUGGCUGCGCCCACCCAUCUUCCCCUCAACAAGAUGGGCCCGCUGGAUGACCCGGAGGCCUUCCUGGACCUUUUCGAGAAGUCAGCGGAGGUUUCAGGUUGGCCCCGGGAUCAGUGGCCCAUGCGACUCAUCCCACUGCUCUCGGGUGAGUCGCAGGUGGCAGCGCAGCAGCUGCCCGUACAGAACCUCCUGGUCUUCGACGACCUGAAGAGGGCCAUACUUCAGCGGGUCGGCCGGACCCCAGAACAGCAUCGCCAACGGUUCUGCUCACUGGAGUUAGGCGAGUCCGGCCGGCCCUUCGUGAUGGCCCAACAGCUCCGGGACUCCUGCCGCAAAUGGCUCCUGGCCGAGGGAGGCGACGUGGAGCAAGUCAUCGAUCUGGUGGUGCUGGAGCAGUUCAUAACUCGGCUGCCCAGAAGAACAGCCGAGUGGGUCCAGUCCCACCGUCCCACGUCGCUGGACUCGGCCAUCCACCUGGCGGAGGACCACAUGGUGGCGUGCCCAGGGGUCGGCGAACCCCUUCCAUCUGCCUCUCUCUCUCCUUCUCUUCCCUCAUCCUCCUCUCUCUCUAAGCCUGUCCCUCUCCCCAGGUCUCGUCCGCCCGGCCCUCCUCGUGUCCCGCCCCGGGGGCGGGGCGGGACUGAACAGGGAUUCUUUUCCGGACCCCGGGUCCCGCCCAGGGGGACGGGAUCAUCUGCUGCCGGGCUGGACCCCACUCCUGCUUCUCCCCUCUCUCCGCGCCAACUAUUUAACCCUCUCCCUGCCACGAGAGCGGCGGGCAGGUUGAUCCGGGUCCCGGACGUUCUGCAGGCCGCCCCUGGUCAAGCUGGCGGGUACCAAAUUCCUACUGACGCGUCGGACAGAGGGCUGGGUGCUGUCCUGUCCCAGGAGAUAGAGGGGGAGGAACGGCCAGUGCUGUACAUUAGCCGUAAGCUCUCCAAGAGAGAAGCUAAGUACAGCACCGUAGAAAAAGAAUGUCUUGCCAUUAGUAUCAUCCCCUCAGCGACCGUAUGGACCCCCUUUCGAGAUGCAUCACACUUGAUGGGCCAAGUUAGCCUUGACGGAGCUAUCCGCUGGAAACGAGCCAUUCGAGGCAUUGAUGUCUGCUACAUUCCCAGCACGGCUUAG